AUGAUGGUGAAGAAACGACAUGGCUUUUUUGGUCUAUUGUUCCUAUUUUGUUCCUACGCUACAAUUCCUUGUCGCGCAUAUCAGCCGUCAUCACGGAAAUCAUGGCCAUCAUCGGUGUCUGUCGCUGAUACAAAAAAGUCAUUUCUGGACAUUCGAAUAAAAACCUCGUCAUCCCGUUGUGCUUCUGUUCUCCAACAACGACAAUCGUCACUAUCUUUCUCGCCAUUUGCCCGAUCCUUGUCAAACGAUGAUGAUUUCGAAAUCAGCGAUGGUAACAAAAUUUCUCCUUUGGGCGUCGUUGGUAUUGCGUCGCAACCCAUUGUAUGGGUAUCCUUAGGAUUUGUGGCCACCACAGGAGCGGGUUUGCCGGCAGGCCCCUUUGGUCUAUUGGGCGCUGUCGAAGGCUUGAGUUAUCUGAUUGUUGUCGGAUUAGUGGCUUCGAAUGUCAUCUUUCAGGAGCGAACAAGUGAUUCAUCCCUGGAAACGGCACAGAAACUUUCCUCCUUUACAUUACUAGCAGCUCUUUUGACACUUUUGAGUCUGGUCAAGGAUCAAGGGUGCAUACCGAAUGCCAAGCCAAUAUUGGACUACUCCAACUACCUUCCGGUAUGUAGUCCUGAAGAUACGCCUGGUAUAUUUGGUGCCUAG